AUGUCAACGGACUCCAAGGCGUCUGGUCUGCGGUUUACGCUAUGUACAGAAGAUGAUGACGACAUUAUAUGUGUUGACCACAAACAGUCACUCUUCUCACAGGCUUUUGCAACCCUGAAUGAGCUCCGCUGUAAUGGGCAGCUAUGCGACAUCACAUUGGUUGUGGAAGGACGGAAGAUUAGCGCACAUAAGGUGGUACUAGCAGCUUCGAUACCGUACUUUCGAGUGAUGUUCACAACGGAAAUGUUGGAAGCGAAUCAGACCGAAGUCGUUUUGCAAGAUCUCGAUUAUGAAACAUUGGACCAGCUAGUUUCAUUUGCUUACUGUGGUGAACUGCGCAUCUCUGCUGGUAAUGUACAGUCAAUAAUGAUUGGAGCCAAUUUCCUCCAGCUUGACGGCGUUGCAGAGAAAUGUGCUGAAUAUCUUCAGACACGUCUGCAUACCUCAAAUGCUCUUGCUAUCCGAGCAUUUUGCGCAGUAUUAGGUUGUAGGACAGUAGUAGCUGCAGCGGAUCGUUUUAUACAGAAGCACUUUAUGUCAGUAAGCCGUUCUGAUGAAUUUUUACAACUUCCCGUUGACGACGUGGUGGAAUUACUAUGCAUGGAUGGUCUCUAUGUCGAAUCAGAAGAAGCUGUUUAUGGCGAAUUCUGGCUACUCGUACUUUGGAUUUGCAGAUUACUCGCUUGCGUUCGCCUUCCACUUCUGAAACCAUCCUUUUUGGCAGACGAAGUCGCGGGGCAUCAGCUAAUCCGUGGAGAUCUGGCAUGUCGAGAUCUGGUGGACGAAGCCAAGGACUACCAUCUAAUACCCGAACGCAGGCCAUACCUACGCUCUUUCCGUACCAAAGCCCGCUGUUGCAACGAUGUACCAGGGCUGAUGUUUGCCAUAGGUGGCCUGUCGACGGGUGGUGAUUCCCUAUCAACGGUGGAAAUGUACGAUCCAUUAACGAAGCGGUGGACUCCUGUACGAUCUAUGACAAGUUUCCGCUCUAGAGUCGGUAUCGCAGUGCACGAUCGCAAGAUCUAUGCUAUCGGUGGGUUCAAUGGGCAUGACCGUCUGAAGAUUGUGGAAUCCUAUGACUACAAUAAGAACGAAUGGACUCCAGUUGCUCCCCUGACGAAGAAACGCUCAGCAUUGGCAGCAGCAUUCUUCAACGGGAAAUUAUACGUUUGCGGAGGUUAUGAUGGCAUUACCAGUUUGGCUACGGUUGAGGUAAGUCACCCUAAAAUUUUCAUGCAGUUUAUUUUUUAA